GACAUUCGCACAGAAGCCUUUCUAGGCAGCACGCGGCAUCCUUAGGCGACCGCUGCGCACGCGACGAACUCGCGGCACGGUUUGUGUACGCGCAUCUUCCCUUGCAGUGUUGUAGUAGGGUGACGAUGUUAUAUCGAUAAUACGCCCGACCACAUAAUAUCUCGUACACGUGAUCUCAUUGCGGAGUUUUUAUUUUAAAAGUGAAAGAGUGAAAUCGUUUUUCCACAAUGGGUCUAGAUUUCUUAGAAAAUGGAGCAGACUUCGAGGCUGCUAUUUCCGCUACCGGAUUCGGUCGCUUCCACUUCUGUUUACUGGCGGUCACUGGGCUGAUUUACGCGAACACUGCAAUUGGCAUCACGAUUGUAUCAUUUGUACUACCAGCCGCAACAUGUGAUUUCCGCAUGACAUCCGCCGAUAAAGGGUGGCUCACUGCCGCGCCUAUGUUGGGUAUGGUCCUCGGCUCUUACUUCUGGGGAUCCUUGGCUGAUACAAAAGGCCGUAGAGUGGUGUUGAUAUCGACGCUGCUUAUAGACGGCAUCAUUGGCAUCGUGUCUUCGUUUGUCCAAAUUCUCUCCGUCUUUAUGGCAUGCCGCUUUGUCAACGGCUUUUGUAUUGCUGGUGCUAUGGGUCUCGUCUUCCCAUACUUGGGAGAGUUCCAGGCAACCAAAUAUAGAGAGAAAAUUCUGUGCUGGAUGGAAAUAUUCUGGACGCUGGGUGUCAUAUUAUUACCAUUGAUCGCCUGGGGCAUUAUUCCUAUUACGGGUAUUAGAAUAGAAAGCGGAGGUUUCUCAUACGACUCCUGGAACUGGUUUGUUGCCGCAUGCGGUGUACCUUCACUUUUGCUCGGAUUCUGGCUCUUCGCAUUCCCCGAGAGUCCCAAGUUCAUGAUGGAAGUAGGAGACUACGAUGAUGCCCUAAACUGCCUCAAAUUCAUUUACAAACAGAACACUGGUGAUGACCCCGAUAACUACCCAAUCAAAACCCUCAAGGAAAAAGUGCGAACCGUAUCGGUGGCAUCGCAAAAUUCGCAGAAAUCUGUCCGAAGUCUUAGCAUGCGCAAACCUAAGGAUCUGAAAAGACUGUUUGGAGAGAUUUGGGUACAGACUAAAGCUUUAUGCAAGCCACCCUACCUGAAAUACACGAUUAUUACGUGCCUCCUCCAAUUCGGCUUAACUACCAGUUACUACACCCUCAUGAUCUGGUUCCCUGAACUGUUUAACCGUUACGAAGAGUUCGAACAGCGUUUCCCGAACACAUCUGCGUCUGUCUGUGACGUCUCUGGUAUCGUGAUAGAUGAAGGAUCCGAAGACCCGUUCGAUUGUUUGAAGACCAUAGACAAAAAUGUCUAUAUGCACACACUCAUUGUCGGUCUUGCGUGUAUACCUACAUCUCUAUGGUUGCCAUUGUUUGUACAUAAACUUGGUGCCAAAUUCAUUUUGAUUUUCAGUUUGUUCCUCGCCGGCGUCGUGACAGUAAGCUUGUAUUACGUUCAAACAUCUACCCAGAACCUGGUGCUGUCUUGUAUUUUCGAAGCGCUGACUUCACUCGCCAUUAGUCUUCUGUUCUGCGUGCUAGUCGACUUAUUCCCUACGAACCUCAGGGUAAUGGCAGCCGCGCUCUCACUAACAGCAGGUCGAGGCGGAGGUCUCAUAGGCAACCUGUCAUUCGGUUACCUGAUUGAUAUCAACUGCAUCGUCCCUAUUGUUGUUUUCGCGUCAUUCCUUUUCAUUUCCGCGCUACUCUGCUUCCUAUUGCCAAAGACUGGACAAGAAGCUCUAGAUUAAAUAAGAGUUAUUGUUUGAACUAUAGUGCAAUUAGACUGUCUGCGAUAUAGAGAUCACAAGUUUGGAGUGAUUGUACAUAUCAUUUCUUUUGCCUAGCCUCAUCCCGGUUAACGCGAGGUCCCUAUUUUUAGGAUGUAAAUAUUGCGUACUAAGUAUUAUUUAUAUGCCAUGAGUGCUCUGCUGAUCGAAUGGACACUUCGAAUCUAAGUUCGCACCAUUCAAGAAACGCCCUUAGUGUAACAUAUUCAAAGUAGGAUUUAUAUUGUUAUUUCUUGGAUCGUGCGGACUAGAAUACACUUGACGUUUCCGACAAAGGACGGCUCGUUUGGUGCUGCCGACGCCAAGUGUUACCUAUUACUGCGAUGCAGUAUACAGAUAAGAAUAAAUUUAACAGUAUUUUAGUGUUGACCUUAAUAUAAUGCCCUUAAAUUAUUAUAAUUAUUAAAGGUUAAUUUACCAUACAA